GAUCGUCCAUUGUUGUCAUCAUGGCAGAGCAGGCGGAGGCUAUGAGGGCCACUGUGGCUUCUAUGCUCCGGGGCAUUGAGCGAUACAACCCCGAGAACAUCUCUACCCUGGAGCGGUACGUGGAGCUGCAGGCCCGUGAGAACACCUACGAUCUGGAGGCCAAUCUCGCCCUUCUCAAGCUGUAUCAGUUCAACCCCGGCACAUACCAGAGUAACGUAGCGUGCCAGAUCCUGAUGAAGGCGCUCACCAACCUCCCUCACACCGACUUUGUCCUCUGCAAGUGUCUAUUAGGGCAAGAUCAGAUGGAGGACAAGAACAUCAAGCGCAUCAUGUACCUCCACGACCUGCUGGAGAUGUGUCAGUUCCGCACCUUCUGGAAGGAUAAGGUUCAGUAUGCAGAUCUGAUGAAUAAUAUCAAGGAUUUCAACGACAGUAUACGCAAGUACAUCUGUCACGUCAUAACCAUCACUUACCAGCAUAUUGAGAAGACUGUUCUGUCGCAGCUCCUUGGCAACAUUGAUGAAUCCGCCAUGCUGGCGUGGAUGAACAAGUAUGGCUGGAAGGACACCGAGGAUGAGUAUGUAUUUGUCGCCAACCAGGAGGAAACCGUCAAAACCAAGAACAUCACCGAAAAGAUCGAGUUUGAUUCUGUUGCCGGUAUCAUGGCUGCCUGCAGAUAAGAUGACAGUGAGGGGGAAAGUAACAAGAUUUAAAUGAUGUGUCACUGACAAAUAAAAAAUUGGUUUAGUA